UUGUAACAACCAGAUGAGCCUUUAAAUCAUGGACAAUCCAAGAUUCAGGACCCAGUGUAAAGUCCGAUUGUGUUCUGAGUGUCAGGGGGACACAGAAUACUACUGUAACACAUGUAAACUUGACCUUUGUCUACCGUGUAAAGAGAGACAUUUUAUUGAUCUACACACCAAACACGACGAUGUUGUGAUUUACCGUGAGAAAUAUGAAUACAUUACAAAACAAGAAACUUGUGUGAGACAUCGGGGCAUAUUUUAUCAUGAGUACUGUCUUUCCUGUAAACUUCCGAUCUGUUUCCAAUGUACAGAACACAGAAAUCACCAAACAAUUGAUAUUAGAACAGCAUACAAAACAAACCGUCAAAAACACAGAGAAACUAUUCAAAGCAUCAGAAGUGAGACUCUCUAUAACAACAGUUUUGUUCUGACAGGAAUCAGAUCUAAUACAAAAACUUUUCACCCAGAAAUCUUCCACAAUCAGUCAGAGAUGUUAAUAAAAGCCCAGAAACUAAGGAACCUCAUAGACACUGUGAUGUUUGAUGUUAAAAUCAGACUCAAAAGAUUUAUUCAAAGUUUACAACACCAGAAGAGAAAAACAAACAGACAUCUUACCAGUCUAGAAAUCUUUGAGCUCAGAUCUUACCAUUUGGCUAAUAGACCGAUAAAAUUCAUCAUGUUACGAAAGAAAACUCGUGUACACAAGUUAAAGGACACUCCUAGUCUGACCAAAUACGCCCUGGUCUGCUUGAAUGAAGAUUUAAACAAGAAGGAUGUGACUGAUUUACUGGGUGAAAUCCAAAUCAUAGAGACAGGAAAAAGACAAGUAAGAAAUGAAAGUCUGCUGAAACUGAUGUCUAAACCUGUUUUACACAGGUCUGUCCCUGUGUCAGGUGCAGUAUAUCAUAUUUCCUGUGUAACACCAGACCAGGCCUGGAUCAGUGAUGGUAAAAAUCUUAUCUUGAUAAACACGGAGGGUGACAAACUACAUCAUCUGAUGGAUGUAAUUAGAAUUUGGGGACAACACACGGUAAACCUUACCGGAGAUCUUAUUUACAUAGACAGGGGUAGUAACAUUAUCAAACUCUCUAAAGAUAACAUAGCAAAAUAUACACUGAUAAAGGAAACAGAACCACUGUGUAUCUACUCCUCCCACCUCAACGGCGAUUUGCUGGUCGGGAUGCGGUCUUACAAAAAAGGCAUAAAAGAACGCUUCAAUGAAGUAGGGCAACACAAACAGACAAUACACUAUGGCAACACAGGCCAGAAACUGUAUUAUGAUCCUAUCUACGUCACAGAGAACCAGAAUGGAGAUGUUAUUGUGUCUGACACUGGCCGUUGUGUAGUAGUGACAGAUCGUGGAGGAAGACACCGUUUCUUCUACACAGGUCCUACAUCAGGAUCAGAACUAUUUCCACGAGGAAUCUGUACAGACGCACUGUCACACAUCCUGGUGUGUGAUGGUAACACCAACGCAAUUCAUAUGAUUGACAAGAACGGUCACUUCCUGUUAAUGAUACUGACACGACAACAAGGGAUACAUGGACCAAUGGGCCUGAGUUAUGACAACAAAACUCAUCUUCUCUGGGUUGGAUUUUACUACGGGGAAAAGAAAGUGCGUGUAUGCAGAAACAUAGAGAGGCAGGACUAUCUACAAUACAUAACAAACCAAAGUAAAAUAGAUAUAUGACAUUACGCAUUCUGUCCUGA